AUGCAUUACACUUGUAAAUUAUCAUAUGUUAUUUCGGUUAGGUUUUUAUUUGUCAUUCAUAUGAAUAAAGAAAAUGGUGCGAUAAUGGUAAUGAUUAAAUGACUCACUGGUACAGUACUAUAUUAAAAGACCCUUGUUUGUAACCCACUAAUAAAAAUGAAAAAAGAGUCAUAGAAUCAACGAAAAUGUACCAGCAGACUGUAUUUUUAUUCAAAAUCUAUUAGUAGUUUUAAAAAAUAAUAUAUAAUAUAGCUAACACAGAAGAUAAGGAGAAUAAAGAGAUAUGUGAAAUGAAGGAGGAAAUGAUGAAGACCGAGGAGCUAGCCUUGUGCGUAUAUAAGCGUUCACAUAGUUAUUUAAAACUGUAGAAAGAAAUGUCGGUUAAUUCUGACAAAAAAUGACAUAAAAUACUUGAAUUAAAUAUUUUGUUUUUAUUUCUGUUAAAGUUUGGAUGUGAAAAAAAAUAAAAAGCAACAUGUGUGUGAGAGAGAGAGAGAGGGGGGAGAGCGAGAGAGAGACAGAGAUGACAUUAUUGGAGUUGUCACACCCCUUUAUCUUGGUACCAGCCACAGGCGGCACACAAUAUUUACUCAAUUUGUUAAUAUGUAACUACCUUUACAUACUCAUCAUUAAAGAUAAACACACACACAGAUACAUUCUCAUCUACACACUCAUCCAGCUCGGUAUAAACCAGCAGAGCGGACUGUCAUCCAGAGAGCUUCAUAUCACCUCAGGUUCUGUUCUGUACUGAUCAAGACCUGGAUUGUGAUUUGGCAUAUGUGACUCUUUUGGGAUUCAUUUGCAUACCUUCGCAGAAGCAACAAUCUAUAUCUCCUUGGUUUAUGGAUGAUCUGUAUAUACGUGUCCGGUGAGAGAAUACUUCUUGGCGCUUGCGAAAGCCUCACGACUGCUGUGGAUCAGAUGUCACGCUUUGGGUUAUCUUUAGGUUCACCACAACACAAAUAAGAGAGAACCGAGCCUGGGGUUGUGUGAUUCGAACGUAGCCUUUGACGCUUUCGAAACCUAAGGGAUCCAUAUCAACGGGGCAUUUUUGACACCCUUAUCCUAAAUAAUCCUUUUUACACUUGUAGAAGAUCUCACCUCUCGAAGAUCGUUCGACACAUUUGAAGACCAGCAACCAAUAAGCAGAAGAAGAGCUGACACACAAGAAUUCAUUUCUUGCGGAAGUGACUGAUGUUCCUUUUCUGCCGGCUGUUUCGAACAGAAGCGAAGUGUUUAUAGUCGAAGAACCAAAAUUGAAUAUUUCACGCCACAAAUACAAACACUUUCCCCACCGACUGGAACAACCGGCAGCAUAAUACACUAUCUGUCUGUCGAGGUUACUAAAGGGCACUUGCGUGUGAGCCUGUUUUUAUGGAGCGAACUGGAAUCAUGUGGCGCUAGUCGGAAGAAACCAAUACUCACCCACGGAAGAUCUGUGAGAGCCUACGGAUAACCAUAAACCCACCGGAGGAGCGUCUGGAUUUGAGAUCAUUAUCUGUUAACGCAAUUUAUGUUAUCUGGAGGAAUCUCACAACCUGAAGUUUCAUUGAUGAACUUCUCGAUCCUCAAUCGACACAGCGGCUGUGGUGCGGACAGAAACACAAACAUGGAUUCGUCUCUUAGCUCUCAGGAGGACUGGGAGACCCUCAUGGAGCUGGAGGAGGCUUUGGCCGGGUGGUUAAUUCAGGGUUCAGACUGGAAUCAAGACUGGCUAUGGGGUUCCAGAGCAAACCCUUACCAGGAUGAGGAAAUACCAGCUGUACUCAGUCCCACGUAUAAGCAACGCAAUGAAGACUUCAGGAAGCUCUUUAAGCAGUUGCCAGACACAGAACGUCUUAUCGUGGACUACUCGUGCGCUCUUCAGCGGGACAUUCUCCUGCAGGGCCGUCUCUACCUCUCCGAAAACUGGAUCUGUUUUUACAGCAACAUCUUUCGCUGGGAGACGCUGCUCACAGUGCGGCUGAAAGACAUCUGCUCCAUGACGAAAGAGAAAACGGCGCGUCUCAUUCCUAAUGCCAUUCAGGUGUGCACAGACACUGAGAAGCACUUUUUCACAUCGUUUGGUACGAGGGACAGAACGUACAUGAUGAUGUUCAGACUCUGGCAGAAUGCACUGCUGGAUAAGCCACUCUGCCCUAAAGAGCUCUGGCACUUUGUGCAUCAAUGCUAUGGCAAUGAGCUGGGACUCACCAGUGACGAUGAAGACUACGUCCCCCCUGAUGAUGAUUUCAACACCAUGGGGUACUGUGAGGAGAUCCCAGCCGAAGAGAAUGAGGUCAUGAAUGAUAACUCAUCUAAGAGCAGCGGUGAGAACAAACUUGACAACAGUUCUCCUCCUGCACACAAGAGAUCCAUCACCCACUCCUCCAUCACCUCCACCACACCUCCUAGCAGCACUGACUCACCACUGUCUUUUGACAUUGGAGCCGAGGAGUACACAGACUGCCUGCCUGACAGCGAUCUGCUGCCUCUUCCUCUGCUGGCCGAGGAGAGGAACUCUGAGCCGGCUAGCCCUCUGGCUCCAGCGCCCUCGCCUUCCCUUGACUUCAAUGACAAUGAGGAUAUACCCACCGACCUCAGUGAUUCUUCAGUGACUGAUGAAGAUGAAGUUCAAGCAUUCCACGAAGAUCUGAAUGGCCGGCAGUACAUUAAUGAAGUGUAUAAGUUCAGUGUUGAUAAACUGUAUGAUAUUCUCUUCACUGAGUCCCAGUUCAUGACUGACUUUAUGGAACAGAGGAGAUUCACAGAUGUUGUGCAUCACCCCUGGAAGAAGGAGGAGGCAGGAGACCAGACGAGGGAGAUAAUGUACACCAUCUCCCUGUCCAACCCACUGGCCCCUAAAACAGCUACUGUCACUGAAACUCAGACUCUGUAUAAGGCCAGUCAAGAGAGCGAGUGUUACAUCAUCGACGCAGAGGUCAUUACUCACGAUGUGCCGUAUCAUGACUACUUCUACACCAUGAACCGCUACAUGCUAACACGUGUGGCCAAGAACAAGUGUCGGCUGAGGGUUUCAACAGAACUUAGAUACAGAAAACAACCUUGGGGUUUGGUGAAGAGUUUCAUUGAGAAGAACUUUUGGAGUGGGCUGAAUCAGAACUUUAAAAGCCUCGAGCUGGAGUUGGCAAAGAUGGAGGAUGCUCAAAUAGAGUCCCAAAGGCCGUCUCCUAAAGCUAAAGCGUUGAAAAACUCCAUCCUGAGGAGAAGAAAUAGACCCCUAACACACCUCCGGACGGCCCAUCUAGAUGAGACCCUCAGCCCUGUUACCACACCAACAGAUGAAGACGUCGCCCAACGCAUCAAACACGUGGCAGGUUCCACCCAGACAAAACACAUUCCUGAGCACACGUCAGGGGGCGGAGUCUUCUGCAACCUCUCCAAACCAUUACUCAUCAUCAGCUUUGUGAUCUGUGUAAGUCUCUUACUGCUGGUGUUUCUGAAUAUCAUGCUGUUCUAUAAACUCUGGAUGCUGGAGUAUUCUGCUCAGAGCCUCACCAGCUGGCAGGGUUUACGCUUACAUGACAGCAGUAAACUACCGCAGACUCAGGUGGAAUGGGCUCAGCUCCUGGAGUCCCAGCAACGUUAUCACGACGCAGAGCUGCAGAAAUGGAAAGAGAUCAUCAAAUCAUCAGUACUGUUACUGGAUCAGGUAGACAAAACACACACACACAGAUGUGAUUUAACCAUGGUAAAAAUUUGUGAAUGUAUGUAUGUCUUCAUACAGAUGAAAGACUCCUUGCUGAGUCUUCAGAAAGGUGUGGGAUUGCGGGAUUACAGCUCCGAUUCAGAAGAGAAGAGUCGUCGGUAUUACUGACAAUUACUCUCCCGGCCACCAGGGCGCGCUGUGCAAUGUAGAGCCACGUAUGUGAGUCUGUGUCUACAAAUGUGCGUAGUAGUCCACGACAGGCAAAAAACAAAGGGCCCGUAUGUACGUGUAUGACUAUGCAUACCAAACAAAAGAAACACUUGACGGAGACAAGAGAAAGAGACCAUUUACUGCCAUCGACCGUUCAAAACGGACAGUCAACGGACCUCUGUACCUGUGGAAUUGUGGGAAGGAGUGGUUUUUCUUUCAGAUUCUCAUUCUGAGGAUGUGUAACGUGUAUGCUCUGGUCAGAGGAACAAAAUGAAAUGGAUAUUUAAAAAAAUGAGGAGCACGCUCUUGAAAUGUAAACCCCCCUAGCGCACUCACUUAUUAUGAAGUGGUUUUAAUUUCAUUGUUUUAUACAAAGAACGAGGAAAAGAAAACAUAUGUAUUUUAGGGCUUGAAUCUCCUGGUUUGACCUGUAAUGGUAAAGCCGCAGUGUCCCUUUUUCACAGUGUAUGAGAUUAUGAGGACAUUAUAAUAUCUAGCUCAAUGAUGGUGUAUCACGGCUGGUUUCCUUGAUAAUGUUGAGCUAGAAGGUUUCAUGUCGCAAUUCACUACAGAUCAAGUUUUCUAAUAUUGGUAUAGGCAGACCAACAUUGAAAACUAUUUUGGGCGUAAGAGCAUAAGGCUGAUACCUGCCUCAAAAUCCAUGCAGAAAAUGUGAAACACGAAAUGUGACGUCUAAAGGUGCGUCGCCUCGCUUACCACAUUUGCAAAAGAGGCCACUGACGUAACCACAAACCUUUGGUUUUUUGUUAAAUGCACAUUAUGUAGUGCUGUGACAGAAUUGCACUAUGACAGGCCAGUAAAUGUGAAAAGGGACACCGCAGCCAGGAGUCGGAUGAAUUUACUAAACUGUGAGAUCUUCUGAUUUGAAGAUGUAGAAAAAUCUAUGAAUAUGUUUCAAAUAUAUACUUUAUUCAAAAUGUAAUAUAUAUUUCAAUAGAGAGAGAGAGAGAUCAUUGCAGAUAUUUAUUGUUAAUUUAUGUACAUAUACUGUAGGACACUUAUCAAAGCUCUAGACAGGCUAAAGAGUUUAUAUUGAUUAAACUGCGUUUUCUUCAUCAACACGCACAAGCACGUUUGACACGUGACUGUGUGCAUGCGCACGCAUGCGUGUGCGUAUUGUAAGCAUAUACACAAGUGAUGUCUAUUUUGGUGAAUGUAUGUGUACAAGUGUGUUCGUGAAAAGUUUUCAAUCAUUCCACUUUGUAUGUCUUGUGUCUUCCUACUGGCACAUGAAGCCAAACUGCCUUUUCUUCUUGCCCAGUAGCUCAGUCCGAUGGGCGUCUGUUUACACAUCUGCCUGGCUUCAGAAAGCUGAGCGGUCAAAAUUUGGCAGAUUUGUUUUGAACAUCUUUAGCUCACACACGUUUCCUGCUGUGGCACCCUUUGUUCUUUGAGGUGAUCGACGUUGCACUGCAGGAAACGGUACAUGAAGUUCACUGAAAGCCCAUUUCUGUCAUCUGUUAAAUCUGAUCUAGGUAAAGCAAAGUUAGAGAUGAGACGUGGUGAUGAUAUACUGUAUGUUUUUUCUUUUUUUAUAGAGCCAAAGUGCUCUAGCCUAAACCAAAUAUAGUAUUUAUGGAAGGUAAAAUUAUUUAUAUAUGAAAUGCAAUUGUUCCCUUUUUAUGCAGAUUGGGGCCAAUGUAAGUAAGAUGUGAAGAGAGGAGGCACUUUAUGUCCGAACAUUUUAUGACGAAAAGCCUAAUAUAAGUAUGUUUACUGGCACGUUGCCGGUCGGACUUGAUAUUACACUCCAGCUAAAAGAUGCUGUUGUAUUGAUGAAUGUAUGUGAGAAAGGUAUUUUGUCAUGAAUUAUAAAUCACUUGAGAAUCAGGAUCUUUAGUGUUUCUUUCUUCACUCUUCAGUGAAGCAGGUAUUUUAUUCCAGAGCUGACAUUUCUUGCAGUUGAGCUAUUGAGAUACAAGUCUGACUUUCUCUCACUGGUUGCAUCUCUGUAUUAAAAUCUUCUCAUUUACAAAUCAUAACAGUAGGAUUAGUUGAACGUUUUUUUGCAUUAGAGUGCAUAUUCUGCAACACGGUUUUGAUUUUAUUUCAGCGUUUAGAUGAGGGUGUAGAUGGAUUGCUUGCUAAUGGUUUGGAAAUGAAGAAAACUACUAUAAUUUUACAAAGCAAAUGAAAUCACUGUUACAAUCAUAUUCACUGUACUGUUUGUACAUGAAUACCUCAUGUGAAAUUAUUUUUAAUACAUUUGUAUGAUUUUUUUGUGGUCCACCUAUUAUUAUUUAUUUACAGAUGAAACAUGGCUCUGUGACAUUAGCACAACAUGACUGAAUGAAAUUUCCGUCUGAUGAUUAUUUUGUUUUUGUGCAGCAAAUUCUCUUGACAUAUUUGACCAAAGAUUCGACCAAGUUUUGCAACUGAAAAUUGUGCUGUCACGGUUAGAGAUUUGGCAAUCAAAAUUCAGCCUCAAUGCAGAUAUAAGACCCAUUUUUAUUUUCAAUGCACUGUCAGAUUUCAAUGGAUCAUAAUACAAAUGUAAGUCAUUUCCACUGUACCUGUGCUCUUAUUCCAUUAUUGACACUAUACCAAAGCAUGGAUGUGUUUUGGACAAGCUCACAAAUCAACAUAACAUUUUAUUUUCUUGACAAAGUUUUGAUUCUUUUUUAACUGUUCACCAACUUGUGUAGCAUUGACUUGUUUUAAGAUCUUUUUUUCUCUAGACCAGGCCGAUUUGUACAUGAAUCCAUAUGCACUUUUUGUCAAUGAUGAAAUCUGCAGUGUUCACUGACAUAGGAAACAGAGCUGUGCUGUGCACAGUUUCCACCCUACCUACAACUCUGUUAGAGACUCUGAUUCAGAGGCUUUCUGAUCUAUGUAAAGUAGACAGAUAAAAAUAAUAAUAAAAAAAUGAGA